GCGUGAUUUUUGUGAUAGGUCGAUGACUUGACCAGAUUAGAGAUAUAAUGCCAGCUGUCUGCCAUUCAUUAACGGAAAGCGACUAACUGCACCCUUCACAAUGGCUGAACCACCCCUACAUUUCUUCUCAAUCCUUUACCGCGAACUCUCCUACGCAUUCAUCCAUUCCACAGGACAUGAUCCAUUGAUUGCACGAGCCAAUCGAUUCAUCCAAACCCCUGCUCCAAACCGUAAUGCUCACCGAUUAAUACCGAUCGGGCUAGGGAUUCUUGCCAAAGUCCUAAUCCGAUACAUCAUCAGCCAUGUCGUACUAUCUAUCUUGAUCCUCGAGACAGCAGAGCAACAGACCAACACUUCCAAGCCCGGAGACAACAAGUCAUCUCCCUCCAGUCGCCAACUACUCCGAACCACCGCCGUCUUCUACCACAAAGGGGGUCUCCGUCUUCUGCUAAAUGGCAUCGGGUCCGCCUGCACCUACUGGUUGAUGCACACCUCAGUGACAAAGAUAUCAACUACUCUACUUCCCCAUCCGAUCGCACAUAUCCUCACAUCAGUCCUACUCGCCGAGUCCCAUUUCUUCUGGACCGCGCGGACCAUCCUCCCGCCAGACCAGCUACGCCUUGUCCCCAACCCGCACGAUUACCAACGAUGGAAAGCCCUAAUCCCGGCUACUUUGGUAUAUGCUACGAGUGAGAUUGUGAUGAUGUUGGUGUCGGGUCUGUUUGAUGUUCCAUUGCCGGUCACGACGACGGGGUUAUCGUGGUUUGUUGGAUCUGAUGUCUUGAGAUACGGGCUUGUGCUCGCGGUGCAAAUGUUUCUUAUAUUUCCGGCUUAUAUUCUGUUGAUUAUGGUUCAGGGUAGUUUGCUGCCGCCGACCUGUGAGACGUUGGUUUUUGCGCAGUUGCAGCGGGGGAGACGGGUGGGGGAGAUCUUUUCGGGAGAGGGAGGAGUAGGGGAUGUGGUAAAGAUGCUUGGGGUGAAGCAGUUGCUUUGGUGUUUGGAAUUGCAUGGGAAGAUGGGUUUGUGUUUGGUUGGAGUUGCGGCGGUGGUGCAUUCGGUGGUGUAUUCUUUGGUGUAGAACUAUGCCACUCUGUGAGUCGAUGUAGUGAUGCUUUGGACAUGGGUGCAUGGCUCAUCCUGACUUGGCUGGAUUGACUAAUUGGUUAGAUUCUGCUGAUAUCAAUCACUGUGUAUAUUGAUAGAACUGAGGAAGAGGAUUGAGUGUAGAUGAUGCGGGUCAGAAUACGAGCUGCCGUAUGCGGACUAGUCUAGCCAGAUGACUGACAGCCUGACAGCCUGACAGGUACAACAU